AUGAGGACCCUCACCCUUCUUGCUGCCCUUCUCCUCUUGGCCCUCCAGGUCCAGACUCAGAGUCUUGAAGAGACAGCCGACCAGGUUCCUGCCCAGGACCAGCCUGGGGCCGAGGCCCAGGACAUGACCAUCUCCUUUGCAGGAGAUGAACGCUCCGCUCGAGAGGCUUCAAAAAGACUAAUCGUCUGCACGUGCAGACGCCCCUGGAGCUGUCGUUUGGGUGAACGCCACUCUGGGACCUGUAGAGACAGGCAAGGCCUCAUUUACAGGCUCUGCUGUCGUCGCUGA